AUGUCAGCCACAAAAUACAUUAAUACAGAAUCUUGGAAUAUUCCCACAAACAUAAAACUAGCUGAUCCCAAUUUUAAUCAGCCCGGUUCAAUUGAUAUACUCCUUGGUGCCAGUAUUUUUUAUGAAUUUCUUAUGGUAGGUCAAAUAAAACUUCGAGAUAAUCUUCCUAUUUUGCAAAAAACCUCCUUGGGUUGGAUAGUAGCAGGCGCAAUAUCAUCGAUAGCGCACUCACCAUCAGUACCACCAAAAAAUUCCGUAUUUAGUGCUACAAUUCUCGAUAAAUUAAACGAUUGUUUAGAAAAAUUUUGGACAAUUGAAGAUCACCACAGAAUAAACAAGGAGGAAAACAAUAAUGAUUGUGAGCGAUAUUUCGAAGAAACAACGUAUAGAUGUCCACAAACAAACAAAUUCGUUGUUAGAUUUCCAUUUAAACCAAAUGCUCAAAAACUGGGGGAAUCAUAUGAUAUCGCACUUAAAAGAUUUCUGUUGUUAGAAAACGAUUAA